GUGAGGUGGGGCCAGCGGAGCUGCUGGGGCCACCCGGUUCCUGGGCUGGCAAAGUGGACUUUCCUGUUUCGGCUGUGCAGUGCAGCCACCAUCCCUUCUGCACCCUCAGCUCCGUGCCCGGUGGGGUCCCAUCUCAGCCCACAACAUGCCCCUGCCACGGCUGGUGGCUUGAGUGGAGCCUGUGCUGCAGGGAAGGGAGACUGACGCUGGGAAGGAUACUCGUGGGUCACCCCAGCUUAGCCAUGGCAGUGGCAGCCAGGAAAAGCAGGACUACGGCCUCUCCACACACCAGCAUCACCACCACGGCUUGGCCGGGCUUCCUGGACAGCUGGCUGAGCCGGAUCCCGUUACCCAAAUGGGCGCUCAUCACCGUGGCUGUGGCAGGGGCCAUUCUCCUCCUUCUCUUCCUCAUCUGCAUCAUCAGGUGCUGCUGCAGCAAGAAGAAGCCCAAGAAGAAGGAGAGAAUUGGCUUGUGUGCCGUCAGCAACUCCACCACGACCAGCCUUGUCCAGCCUGAGAUGGAGGACCUGGAACGGGGAGUAGAGCAGAAGUGGCGAGGAAAGCUGCAGUACUCCCUGGAGUACAUCUUCCGCAAACAGGAGCUGAAGGUUGGCGUGAAGCAGGCAGUCGAGCUGAAAGCCAUGGACAGCGGGGGCACUUCUGAUCCAUAUGUGAUUGUCUACCUAWCGUCUGAUGUGAAGAACAGAUAUGAGACCAAGGUUUACCGCAAGACCCUGAAUCCCAUCUUCAAUGAGAGCUUCACUUUCCAGGUACCCCAGGCCGAGGUGUCUGAAUCCACACUGGUGAUGCAGGUCUAUGACUUCAACCGCUUUGCCAAGCACGACAUCAUUGGUGAGGUCCGGCUGCCCCUGGCCAGUGUCAACCUGCAGCAUGUCAUCGAGCAGUGGAGUGACCUGGCGGUGGCCAGUAAAGUGGAGGAAGAGCCUCUGGGUGAGAUCUGCUUCUCCCUGCGCUACGUCCCCAGCACUGGCAAGCUGACUGUGCUCAUCCUGGAGGCCAGGCAGCUGAAGAGGAUGGACUCUCACGGACUCUCAGAUCCUUUUGUAAAGGUGCAUCUCAUACUGAACAGGAAGAAAUGGAAGAAGAAGAAGACAAGUGUGAAGAAAAACACCUUAAGUCCUUAYUUCAAUGAGGUGUUUGUUUUUGAGGUGCCUUUCAGUCAGAUCCAGAAUGUGGACGUGGUCAUCUCCGUCUGGGAUCAYGACAAAGUGACCAAGAACGAGCCCAUCGGCAAACUCUUCCUGGGCUGCCGAGCCACAGGCAACCAGCUGCGGCACUGGUCCGACAUGCUGUCCAACCCACGCCGGCCCCUCGCCCAGUGGCACAUCCUGCAGCCCCCAGAUGUGGUCGACAAAGCCCUGGGACUGAAGUCGCACCUCAAGCUGCCCCUGCACUCCAGAUAGUGGGGGUCUCCUUCUCCAUCCAGGGAGAAGGAUGGCAGGCUUGUGGAGGAGCCAGGGGCUUCUGCUCAGCAAGCUCUAGRCGUGCUGGUCCCAGCUCCUUGUCAGCAAAGAGGGGACUGGGACUCCUUCUGGCCGAGAGAUGAUCUGGCUGCUGCUGCUGCAGCUCGUGCCCUGUGUAACGCUUGGGGUGGGGCAGCUUGGCAAGGCUGGACUUGGAGCAGAGGGUGCUGGAGGGGAUGGCAUGGGCACAGGAGCCAGCCCAUCCCAACUGCUCGUGGGCUGGGGGGGAAAUACACAGAGCUUCAGGYUCAUGCUAAAACAGAGUCCAUUGACGUUUAUAAAGCAGAAGGUUAACGUGCUGAUGGCAUGGAUGGGAAAUUACUUUUGUUGUAACUUGGCAAGAAGUGUCUUCUUGGAAAGGCUUUAUGUAUCUGUGAAGGCUUUUAAACAGGACCAAGGUAUCAAAGCAUGUAAGAGGUUUGAGGGGAGAGAAUGAACACAGGUGGGUGAGAAAGGCRUUGGAGACAUAGCACGAGCUCUGCAGGGUGUGCUCUGUGUCCUGUCUAGAGGCUACAUGAGAAGCAAUGUGGCUUCACACUUAGCCCAUUCUCAGCCCACGAUGAUUUGUGUGUGCUAGAAUGUGACAGAGGCUCUGGGACUCUCAGUGACCAUCC